GGCCAUCCUUUUCACACUGAACAUUAAAAUUCCAGAACAUUUUGGAGGAUAAGCUCUGUUUAGGGUUUUACAACUAAUUUGUUGCUGUCUUUGCUAUCUCCUACCAAUGCAGAUUUGUUGUAUUCGCACAAUUUUACCUGAGAUAUGGAACAAGCAUUUGGUUUUGUAUUCUUUCUGAUGUUAAGUCCAUAUGUAUACAGCAAGCCACUUAACACACAUGCCUUGCAAAACGUAUUCAUAACAUCUAAAUCACUGGAUGGACAUGGUCACGAUCUUCCUCUUAACAAUUUUUCAUGGGCAAAAGGGAAUCAGUCUUGUGCCAGCCUCCGAAAAGAAUGUAUGAAUUACCUUGACUUGCUUCACCCAUCUUCAUCACAGUUCAUCAAACCAUCACUGAUACUGGGCUUGAUGAAGGUUGGCUGCUUGCUAGAAAGUGACCAAUUCUAUAUUGAUUUACUCAAGGAUAAAGACACAAGAGAGAUAUAUGAAUUGCUUGAUGAACAGAUGAAGACCUAUAUUCACCAUCGCAAUACUCAAAAACCUGUUCUAGAAUUUGAAAUACUAAAAUUCAACCUGGACUCUCUUCUACCGACAGCACUUCAUCCACCUCACCAGAAGUGUUCUGGUUUCCAUCAGAAACAAAAUAUCUUCCUGAAUGGAUUAAACUUGGGAGUGCAUAAAACCGUGCAGGAGGCAAAAAUGCACUGUGACUAUCUAGGAUUAUCUUGUGCUGGUAUUUCUUUAAAUGCUGAAAGAUAUUAUACUGUGUCACGAAAUGGUGGAUAUAUUAUGCCUCAGAAGGGAACAAGAGUGUGGCUGCAUCACUGCAAUGCUGCCUAUAGGCGAAAGCGUUCAUCUGCUCCUGAGUGCAUUAGUGAGAAGGAAUUGCGUGUUCAUAAAGUGAUGAAAUGGAUUCCAGUGGUCAAUGGUUGGUACAAUGCUGGUAGUGCCAUUUAUUAUGCCACACAGGGCUGUUCUGAAGUAGCAGAAGAUCGUGCAGUUGAAGCUUCUCUAGAUCUAGGCUAUGAUGCUGUGGUAGCUGCCACUGGUGGUGCUACUAGUGUUGUCAGUGUUGGUGUAGGUGUCGCUGUAAAGCCUGCAAUAAAAUCUGGUGUGAAAAAAGCCAUAAGCUAUUUUAAAAGCGAGUCACAAUAAUGACAUAUUAAGAAAA